GCGACGCCAGUCUCGCUCGAUCCGCGCGCGCUCUCGUACGGGGUGAACCGCGACCGCAGAGCCGCCUUAUCACUGCAUCCUUAUGGAAUUCUCGCUUAUCACUGGCGUCGACACUUCUUCGCUAAUCCGGAUUGUCGGCGCUUCGCGAGCCUAGUCGCUAUUGUCCGCGCACGUUUUUGCUCUCGAAGAGGCGGCUCGAUUCCUCGUUGACUUGUGUGCGGGUUCGGCCGUGUUCUCACAUGUGUUUCCACAAGUUAUUCUACCUACUCCUGCUGUCACGAUGAUUAUCAAUACAUUCGCUUCUUGAGGAAAUCCCCCAUAAGUUUCUAGUGUGGAUCGGCAUUUUUUUUUAUUUCGGCUAUAUUCUAUUUCUUUUCGUUUUUAUUGUUUUUUUUCGUUGUAGUGAAUAGAAUCAAUUCCUUCAGCUCUAGCAUCGGUGCUUUCACCACUGUGUUACGAAAUCAAACCGAAGUGUGUUGAAUUUUGAGUGAUUUUCAGAGAAGUUCGACCGGAAUCUGGAGGGAGUGUCCGCGAAACCAGUCGUAUCCUUUCGAAAGCCUUGAAAGCUGUGUACUGCUUACUCGAUACGGUUGUGCGCUUGGUUUAAUUUUGGUAUUGCCCUUUCGUAUGCAACUCUGAUGCUUGAAGUUCGGUGUUAAGUAAUUAUUAUUUCGUACCAUUUUCCGUGCGUUAAACUGAAAUGCUCGAGGAAGCAUAAGCAAACGCCUGUCCGCCCUCUAGUAAAUUUUGAAUUUUUUUUCGCUGUUGUUACCACGUGUGUUUCACUACCGGAAUCAAGAUGGAUAUGUUACCUCACACCAAUGUACUCCGAGAGCUACAGGACAUACACGACACAGGAUAUUUCUGCGUCCAGAACACACUCGAGGAUAAUUGGCAACAGACGUGUUACGAGAUGGAGAAGUGGCUAAAAGAGGAACCUCGGGCACCGCGGUCACCAAAGCGAUCUCUAUCAGACCUGGACUCCCUGUCCAGCCCGUUGAUCCCUUCAUCUCCAGCGUCGCCGCUGAUGGAACCAGAGUGCGAACUCCUCGUCGAAUCCAACUCGGAGAGCGACUUCAAAAGCGACGGGAGCGAUAGCGAGCACCCCUUGUUCUGCUCCCUCCCGGACUCAGACAUGGAGUCGGAGUGGCCCAAGCCGGACCGAGUGGACCCCCUGAACCUGGACGACCUGGUCAUCCCGGAGAAGCUCCUGGAGAGCGUGGACCUGAACGAGUGCACGCCGUGCUGGGAGUCGGACCUGGAGUGCGACGUCCAGGUGAAGAAAGAGCUCCUGGACGACGACGACGAAGAGCUGGAGGAGAUGUACACGGCGGCGAUGCAGAACCCGCUCCGAUUUAGUUUCAUACCCAAGGGCGAAGGGGACUCGCUGCCGACGUUGACGCCGCCGUCAAGUCCGGAAUCGAAGAAGUGCGUCAACAUGAGCGCCGUGAACAACGUGGGCAAUGGCCUCUCGCUCAACGGCCUGAACGCCUUCAGCACGCUGACGACGCUGUCGGCGGCCGACGUCGGGAGCCUCUUCAAGAUGGCCACGAAGGGGGCCAUCGUGCGCUUCACCGCGCGGGACGUGUCGGGGGUGACGCGACUGAUUUCUGUGACCCACGGCCCGAUCACCGUGACGACGCCUGUGAUACCCCUGGCCUCGGUGACGCCGCCCGGCAACGGGACGUCGCUCAAGACGCCGAGCGCGGGCGCGGGGGCGGCCUCCGGGGGCCUGGGGCUGGGGUUGGGCACGACGAAGGGCCGAUCCGGGUCGAGGACGUCGAGGACGGGCGGGCGCGCCGGGACCGGGCGCACGGCGGCGCUGAGGAACGGGCACAAAGGUGCGGGGGCUGCAAGGACGAACGGGCGAGGAGGUGCCGGGACUCCCGGGGGGCAUGCCGGCCAAAGGACUAACGGGGCGACGCUGGCGUCUUCCCUCAACUCCACCACGACGGCCACCGGGACGACCGGGACGACCGGCUCGACCAGGACGCGGGCGUCCAGGGAGACCGACUCCAAGAAGAAGGUCCACAGGUGCGACUAUAUCGACUGCAAGAAAAUAUACACCAAGAGCUCCCACCUCAAAGCGCAUCAACGAACGCAUACAGGAGAGAAGCCGUACAAGUGUCAUUGGCCUGGCUGCGGGUGGAGUUUCGCGCGGUCGGACGAGCUGACGCGCCACUACCGGAAACACACCGGGGCCAAACCGUUCAAAUGCGUCCACUGUGAUAGGGGCUUCUCCAGAUCGGAUCACCUGGCGCUUCAUAUGAAACGUCACAACUAGAACCACCACCGCCCCCCACUCCGGCGCCCCGGUGACCCCUCCAACCUGCUUUUAUAUUGUUGUUAUAUUUUGUUAGCACCAUUAUCAUUGUUAAUAUCCUUCGACGGAUCAUUGAAUGGGUCUCUUGCAAACUGCAACGGGAGUCAUGAAAAGAGUUGAAGCAAGGAGCGUUGAAACGGCACAAAGUUUUUUUUUUUUUUUUUUUUUUUUCCAAACUUUUAGAACCUUAAAAAACGUUGAACGUUUUUCGGCAUAAUGACACGGUUUUUCGACACGGAAAAAAAUUAGUUGGCAUUUACUAUAUUCUGGUUAAUAAACGGCACAACCAGAGAGUACGGAAACUUUCAUCAAAAUUAUCGUGAAAGUAACAAGAUUUUUCCGUAUUGUGACAAUAAUUUUGGUCGAAGUUACCAUACUGUCUGGUUGUGCCGUUUUUCCACCAGAGAAUGGUAAAUGCUUCCCAACUUUUUUACCGUGAUUUUCCUAAACUAAAGCUUAAAUCACAGUUCAAGCCUUGUGUGUUUCGACCUGAAAAUCUCAUGGGUCAAAUUCGACAUUAUUAUAUACAGACUAUCUACAAGGAGAUACGGAUUCGUGCCUUUUUAGCUGUAAUCUUUUUUACGUAGGAAUCAUGUGUGACUGACUUGAAUGAAAAGGAGCCGUAUAGCAUUCGUAUUCAUAUAGUUCUUUUUUAUUAAAUUCAUAUACCUAAAGUUCCAUAUGGCGUAAAUACUACCAAAUUUGCAAGGAAGGAGCUUAAAAAUCCGUAAAUGUCUUGUGUAUUCCGCAGACAGUCAGCAAUCGCCGGAAAUUUGCAAGUAGCAUGCGUGUGUUAACUCGAUAAAUUCUCAUAAUAUGCACAGUCAUAAUGAAUGAAGUAUCACAGGUGCAUGUGCAUUGUCUCGGCUUCGAGCGUCUUCAAAUGCGGAUGAUACUAUCAGCUUUGCGAGGAAGUUAGUUUAGUUGCCUAUUCGAACCAAACGUAACAAAUGUCACCGAUUUCAUCAGGUACAGUACACACACUUGCUUGUGUGCGUACGCUGAUACCAUGCAUUGAAGGAGAAAUAAUCGUCUUUUCAGAAUCCAAGCUUAACAUUUAGUACUUUCUAUCUUGUUUUAUUUCUGAAUAUUUACAUGUUUUUACUCAACACAUAUAAAUUGCAAUUUUCCAGCUAUUGCUAAAUUGCCUGCCACGUGUAGAUUCUGUGAUAAGGAGUGAAUUUCAGACUUUGUCAAUUCACUCAUCGUGAUUUUUGGAGGUUCUAUCUUUUGGAACAAAUCUAUUUUUUGCUCCUGCUGAAGUUUGCAACAGACCCUUUGAGCGUGCACUCUCUUGUUCUCAAAUACUUACCAAUUUACCCGUGAGCUCGUCCUCUCGCGUAAGGGAUUCUUACAAGCAGUGGCAAGGGGUGAAUGAUCGAUUAUCGAUAUUUCCUCAUUUGAUGCUGUGGUAAAACAUCGAUUGUUAAGGUGUCCGUUGCGAACACCCUAUUAAUCGAUCCUUUUCCAUAGGAUUAAAGGGCAGGUCGAUCGAUAUAUCGCAAAUUACGCCAUGCCACUGCUUACAAGUUGGAGCUCACGUGGGAUGGUUCACUCACGCACAUUGGCGGAUUCAACAAAGCCACAACAUUAUUUUUCUCCAUUCAAACAUAUGUUAAUGUAUCGACUCUUGGAGGCGCUAGAUAUUCCAACAAAAAUCGAUCAUUCAACACAGGUAUAAUGAAGGAAAGCCAGUGUUGCCAAGUUGUUGGAUCCACCUUUGCUCAUUCAUGAUAUGAAAACGGGGGCUUCUCAAUUUUUAAUUUUUCAGUCGACUUUCCUAAUACGUAUUGAUUAAUGUUCACAAGUCAAGGUAUCGAUAACAUCUUUGGAAACGGCACCUAAUGGCAUUGAUUGUUAAAUUUGAGCUUAGGGAAAACGUAAAUGAGCUGUCGAGACGUCAGACUGAAAUAACUCUUUGUUCAUAUAGCCUCAACGUCCUUUACGUAUUAGAUCAGCAAAAUUAUUUUUUUCUCUCUCUCUUUCAUUUCUUCAAAUUUCCAAAUGGAAGAAGUAAUUAAAUGGAUUUUACCAGAUUGACUGAAUAUGUUAGAUGUUACCUACAUUUUUUCUGAUUUGAUUCUUGUUGCAAGAAAACUGACCAACACUCAACUGUGGAAAUUUGUGAAUAUAACCUCUAUGAAUUAUGAAAUAUGAACAGAAAGUCCAAGAGCUUAAUGCUGCUCAGCUUCUUGAGAAAGGAGAGAGCUUUUCAGAGGGCAUGAAACGUAUUUAGACUGAUUUGGGUUAAACCGUCCAAUCGAUCUACUAUCUCACCAAGAACAACUUAUAUGCAACUUCCUACUUAAAUUCUUGCAGGAAAAGGGGUAUACCUAUAUAUUGCCACAGCAUUAAUGUACUUGUUUUCUUAAUAUUAAUAUUAUGAUACAUGGUAAUGAUCUCUUGUCUUGGGUAUUUUCCACCAAAAGUAAUUUCUGAAGAACUAAAAUUUGUCGUAUUUUUUUCUUUCUAUUUUCCAUCCUCUUUUACUUUUACAUUCACUCCUUGGGCCUAGGACCGAUAUUUUUUUUUAUUUUUAAUAUUACACAUGUCAGUAAUUUUUCAACGAAAGUUCUUUCCACGAAAUGUUGCAAACAAUUUUAAAAUGUCACAAAAAAAAUCAAGUUUCUAAAACCAUUGAAAAUCAAAGAUCGGAAAGAUAGAUCCAUCCCCAAAGCCAUGCAUUAGUAUGUCCAAUCAUGUUUUGAGUCUUCUAAUAUCACUCGUUCCCGUUUGUUGUGCGUGAAAGUGAACCUGUCUGAUUGAGAAUUCCCAUCUUUCUGUCGUGAGGUACAUUUCUUAACCUUGAAAUUCCACCAGAAUCUGAGCAAAAUAAUAAGAAAUAAUCGAAUAAAAUAGUAAAAAAACACAUUUCGUAUACAGCUCGCCCCCUCAUCUGGAUAGGGUGCGCUCCUGUUUGACGCAGUAGAUCAAGUAUUUGAACAAAAUUCUACUUUUUUUUCGGAUCCAAGUUAAAUUUUUUCUACGAACAGAGGACUGUAACUGGGCGGUGUAAUUAAGUAAAACUGCAAACAGCCCCGCCCCCUCUCUGUUAACGCGAGGUUGCUAAAUCGUGUGGCGGAAUGUUCAUAUUUUACAUUGAGUUUUAUCAGAUGAAAAUGCUGAUUUAGCACACAUCAGCACCACAUGUCAGCCAUGAGUGCCAGCGUGAUAAAUUACGCAAAACCCAACUUGAGGAGCCGCUACCUCGAACAUCAAUGUUUCUCUGAGUCCUGAAUGAAGAUGUCGGGUUUUUUUUAAAGAGUAGAAGCCUAAAAUUUCCUUGAAAUUGGUUCAGAUUCGGCGUCAAAAAGAGUAAAUUUAAAAAAAGUAAGCCAAAGCAAUUCGAUGCAAUGCUUGACUUGUUCCAAGCGUCGACGAUUUUUUGCACCUGUUUUAAGGCUCUGUGAUAUUAAAUAUUGUUUAAUAAUUUUUACCUAGAUCAAAAAUGGACUGUAAACAUUUGUAGAUAGAUGCAAAUAUCUAGUUUUAUACUUAGAUACAUUAUUUUUACGACUGCGACUUCCUAAAUCAUUGUAAUGAAUAUCCUGUCGCAUUUUCUCUACUUUUUUUCUAAUUAUAACAGAUUAUUUAAAUUCCAGUGAGAAAUAGCCAAAGUUUAGGUGAAUGUCAAACAUCAAAAUUUUUCGCAUGCUGAUAGUCCUUUUUAAUAAACACGGUUGAUUCGUGUGCACAAUGAGGUUACAAAAUAACUUUAAGUGCUUUUAUGUUUAUUCAUUUUUCUUUUAAAGAAGAAUAUGCGUGUGCAAACGUACACAAAGGCAUAUUAGCUAAUUCGCCUAUCUCAAUUUUUCAAAUGCCUUGCCCUCCUUUAUGGAAGGCGGAAUGAUAAAACUUCUUUGAUAUCAAUAAUUUGUAGGUGAAAGGUAUUCGCGAUUAGGUAAUAUCCUCUAGAUUAAUUCGAUUAAUUUUCAUUUGUUUCUAUGUGAGCAGUAGAGAAAUUGAAGCUAGCAAUGAAUGUAGUUCUAAUGUAUAAAAGAAAUAAGAAAAAAAAACAGUAAUUGUGAACUGAUCUUUUUCACGUGGAUUGUUUUUUACGGACAAGUCUAGAGAAAUUCCCUCUUUUGCACCAUAUUGUCCCUUCUUUAGUAUAUUACUCGACGUAAUAUUCGACGAUGAAGUUCUCAAAUCAUGUACCUCGGUUUACAGCUUCUUAUCAUACUUUAUUUCUUCCAAGAAAAUUAUUUAACAUAAUCACUUGAAAACUCUUUUUCAUGUGUUCUGUGUGAAGAAUAUUCUGUAGGGAAUUCAAGGAGUGCUAUUAGUUCGUUCUCCAUUCCAAAAUCGGCGCAAAGGAGAAAAGUAAAAACACCGCAACCGAUAUUCAUGAUUUGGGAGUUUUUACGUCCAUUUGUUUUGUCAUUUUAAGGCAGCCAAAAACGGCCAAAGCAGUUAUAGCCUCCAAGAGGUCCUGAGGUUACCAUUAAGUUAAGCUUUGUACAGAUUGAUUGUACAGCGUUAUGAAUAAGUUAUGUUUAGCUACUUCUCUCAGUUGUUUUGGAGCUCAUUCUUGUCGCUGACUGCUCGAGGAAUUGAAGUUUAUUAAAAUUAACACGCCAAUGAAAUGUAAUAUUUCAAAUUGAAUCACCGGAAAUGGAGUAAUGGUUUAAAAAUCAGAAAAAGCAUACAUUGGGGAGUUUUCCUUCGUCCUGCUGUGUUCAAAAAAUUCUCUCAACCCUGGCCAGCCUCUUACACUUGUGAAUUUGCAGGAAGACUGAUAACAAAUUUUGAAAUCACGACCAGACCAAUUCCAGCAGAGAGGGAUGAGUCUGACCUUAACGCCCAAACAAAACCAAAGAAAACAAUUAUCGUAAAAAUCUUGAUCGUGUUUGAAAAACCUCACGACAUUAGACAGUUUUCAAGUCGUAAUGUUAUGUAUUACAUCAUUUCUGUGAUGUUGAACUUUUGGUUCGAAAAUGAAUGCUGCCUAUGGAGUUCCCGGUAACCAUUCCCUCUUGUUCUCUAGAAUUUGUGUCCGCUCUUCUCUGCUGAAUUCAGCUCGGGCCGUUGUUCAGCAGAAGUAAUUUGGUGACUGAAAGUCUGACAUUUGGACUAUUACUGCCAAACGGAAAAAUGUGCAUUAAGACAUAAGCCCUAAGACCCAUAAAAAUAUUUGCAAAACAGAGCUCAAGUCAUAAUUCACAUAGUUCCGUUUGGCAGAAGUAGACCGUCCAUUUCUCAGAAGUAGACGAGUGAUUUCCUUAAAAUAUCAGUCGCUGCUGCUUCAUGUCCUUAGUAUCCGAGACAUUCAAGCGCACGAGAGAAAGAAUUUUGUGACUUCGGAGCCAUCUUUGAAUUCCAUGAAAAUGUAAGAACGUACCUACAGGAAUCUUUAUUAAUUAAUGGAUUGAAACUGAUCAUUUUUUCUUCCUUAUUACUUGCUUUUACGAAGAAUUGGACCUUUCCAUGCUGAAAAACAUUGAAUGGAAAAAAAAAUUCCGAAGGAAAAAUGCAACUGCCGGGUGCAUGAAAACAUCCAAGGAAGUUCAGAAAUUAUAAGUAGAAUGAUAACUAACCGAAAGUGUAUUUUUUUCCUACUUUAAUUACAAUCAAUGAAGCAUCUGUGAUGUUCUUAAUUUUAUCUUUCUAAAUUCUGUGCCAACUGGUUCUGCCAUAGCUUUUAACCUCUUUGUUCUUACCAUUACAAAGUUUGACUUUCAUCAAAUGAAUAGCUCUGCCAGAAAAUGAUCAGCCGUCAGCUGAUACUUUUCCAGUCCUCGUCGCUUACAUACAGGCAAUUUUUCCAUUGCUAAACAUAAUUUAAUAUUUUCUUUGUUUUAAUGUCAUAUUUUAGUUUAGUUAUUCGCUUAUUCAUUUAUUUUUUGUUUUUAAUACUUGUUUGGAAAAAAAAAACUUUUGAAUGUAAAUCGCUGCCAAUUGUUUACAUAUUUUUGUUCAAUCUGUGGUUCAUCCGUCUAUUGAUGGCCCCUAAGCAAAAUGUUGUACCAUAGAUUAUCUUUUAUUUCAUAUUUUAUUGUUAUUGUUAUGUGUUUUGCUAGUUUUGUAAUUUAUAUGUUCGUUUAUUUUAUUUUAUUUAAUUUUAUUUUAGUUUCGAACUUUCUUUUUCUUUGAUCCCAACUUUAUUAUUUAUUGAUUUGUUUUUUCCUUCUUCUUUUUGUAAAUAAUUUGAUUUAACACAUGCUACGUAAACACAAUUGACUUUUUUUUAUUGAAGGAAGCGAUUAAAACCAUAAUCUUAUUUUGUGUGAUUUAGCAUGUGUUAAACGUGUAAAAUAGAUGUAUACUUUUAAAAUAUGAAUGUGCGUUCAAUUUUUUCCUCCUCUUUUUGAUUUAACAUUUGUUCAUAAGUUGAUGAUCCGUUUAGGACUGGUCAAAACCUCCAAAAAACAUUUUUCAUUAAUUAUCUGACCGUAUGAACAUUUCCCCAAACUCGAAUAAAAAGAGUAGCCGCUAAAAUUGAAAAUAAAACCAAUGAUUACCACCUUUGUGAUUAAAGCACCGAGUUGCCAAGGGAAUAAAAAUGGUGCAAUUUCCUCAGUCACCAAAUCUCUUGGUUUCUCCGUGCCUUAAUUUUAAUUUUUCUUUUUUUAAUGUUUAUAUGUAUGGCCUAUGUUGCUUAAAACAUUAAUGAAUAUAUUUUUUAAAAUUUGA